AUGUUUGAAAUAUAUCAAUAUGUCUUCUUCUCUUUUCAGGCUCCUAAGAAGGAUCCAAAGGCCGGUGCAAAAGGAGGCAAGACCUCUCAAAAACCUAAACCCACGUCCGGUGGUGGAAAGGCUAAGAAGAAGAAGUGGUCCAAGGGAAAAGUCAGGGACAAAUUGAACAACUUGGUGCUCUUCGACAAGGCUACCUAUGACAAGCUAUACAAGGAGGUGCCCAGUUACAAACUCAUCACACCCUCUGUUGUGUCUGAGAGAUUAAAAGUGCGGGGAUCUUUGGCUAAGAUGGCAUUGGCGGAACUCCAGGCAAAAGGCCUUAUCCGAUUGGUGGACAAGCACAGGAGCCAGAUCAUCUACACAAGAACAGUUAAAGCUGAUGCAUAGACUAUUCCCCUGUACAGAGUAUGAAUUAAUGUACUAAUAAAAAAACAACAAUAUGAA